UACUGCACCAGCGCCGCCGCCAUGUUGCCGUACGGAACCGCGUGGGUUGCCGGGAGCCUGCAGGGCGCCGCCAUGUUGUACGGAACGGAGAGCUGCGUGAUGACGCACUUCCGGUGGCGCAGAGGCGGGAAACUUGAGGGAUGGAUCCCGGAAAAAAAGAGCAGGAAAAGGAUGAGAAAAAGGAUUUUUCACAUGGUCUCCUGGCGCACCUGGAGUGGCUGGAAUUCCGGGCUCGCCGGGAAGCCGUGGAUCAGGAAAAGCGGGAACGCCGGGAAGAGCGCCGGGAAUUCCUCCUCUCCAAAAUCCGGGAAUUGCGGGAACGCCGCCAUCGGCUCCGGGAAAAACUGGGAGAGGCAGGAAAAGCCGGAAUUCUGAGGGUUCCGAAGGAUCCGGAUCCUCCUGAUCCGCGGGAAGUGCUGGAGUGGAAAAUCCGGAGCUGUCGGGAUUUGAUCCGGAUUUUCCGGCUCACCGGGAUCAGCGGGAAUUUCUCCCAUUCCGGAAUUUCCUUCUCCUUCCACACAUCCUUCGAGGGCUCCUUCCUGGAUUCCUUCCAGCUGGAAUUCCAGGAAUUCCGACAUUUCCGGAUCCGCCGCCAUUCCAUCCCUCCCUUCAUCCCCCUGGAGCUGCUGUGCCGCCGGUUCCUGCCCCGGAAUCUCCGGGAAUUCCUUGGAAUUCUCUUCCAGCACCUCAACGCCUUCGUGGCCCGCAGGGAGCAGCUCAGGCAGCUCCAGGAGGAAUUUUCCGAGUUCAUCCAAGGAAUUCCCUCCCAGAAUUCCCUCUUCAACCUCCUGAGCUUCCGCUACCGAAUCCCCGGGAAAAUUCCCGGAGAAUUCCCGGAAUUCCGAGCGCGGCUCCUGUACCGGGACCCCCUGCGGAGCCUCCCCAGCGACGUCACCGUCACCACCCCCGCGGGAAUUGCGGCGCCUCCGGAGCACUCGGAGCUUUUCCGGAGCCUCUCCCUGGCCGGAGCCUUCCGGGCCCUGCGGAACCCCCGGAACCUUCCGGAAUCACCGGCGGGAAUCGGCUGAGGACACCGAAAUUCCCAAAAAAACCCGGA